GACAAGGCUCACGAAAAAGUCUGAAAGAAAAACAUGCGGCUUGAUUUUUUUAUUUUGAUUUUUGUUAUGAAUAAUAAAUAAUAUUCGUCUGCAUUUUGGUCAUCAGUUUAUCGAUUUGUUUAUGAAAUCCACCGUAACCAUCAAAAAGAAAAAAUGACACAUAAUUACGUUGUCACUGCACAAAAAUCUACGGCAGUUUUUAACGCCAUUUCAGGAAAUUUUACAUCUCCCACUGAUUUGAAUUUAAUUCUGGACAAAUUAUGUCGAAUCGAAGUUCACCUAGUGACAGCCGAAGGUUUACGAUCAUUGAAAGAAAUUCCUCUUAAUGGUCGAAUAUCUGUCAUAAAAUCUUUUCGUAUGCCCAAUGAAGAUAAAGAUCUUUUGUUUAUCAUGACACUCAAAAAUAAUUUAAUGAUUCUUGAGUUAAGUCGUGAUCCAAAACAUGGUGAUUUUGAGGUCAACACAAGAGCCCAUGGUAUUAUUACUGAAAAAUCCGAUCGACCAUCAGAGAAUGGUACACUUUGUGAUGUGAAUGCCAAAGCUCGAAUUAUUGCCUUGAGAAUAUAUGAUGGAAUAUUGAAUGUAUUGAAGCUGGAUUUCAAAAAUCGGAACAUCAAAUCCUACAAUAUUCGAGUGGAAGAAAAUACUCUUAUCGAUUUUGUAUUUCUUCAUGGGUACGAUAAACCAGUACUUUGUUUCAUCUAUCAAGAAGAUCGAAGUCGCCAUUUGAAAACGUAUGAAAUAACCGAAGAUCGAGAACUUCGUCGUGGACCUUGGCUACAGGAAAAUAUCGAAUCAGAUUCAUCUAUGUUAAUACCCGUAUCCGAACCUUAUGGCGGUGUCAUCGUGGUUGGCCAAGAAUCAAUCACUCAUAUCAUUGAUCAAAAUCAAUAUACUGCAAUUGCACCACCCGAGAUUGCAAGUUCAAAUUUUUCAUGUUUUUGCAAAAUCGAUACUAAUCGUUUUCUGCUCGGUGAUCUAAGUGGACAAUUGUUCAUAUUGAUUUUGCAUCCCAAUGUUCAAGUUGCUUCAUCGUCGUCGGCGCCAGUUUCACCAUAUGGUUUGAAACUGAUUUCAUUGGGCGAGACAUCUGUUUCCAGUUGCCUUUCGUAUUUAGACAACAAUUAUGUAUUUGUUGGCUCAAGAUUUGGCGAUUCACAAUUGAUCAAACUCAAACACGAUGAUAAUGAUACCAGGAAAUAUAUCGAAAUAAUGGAUACGUAUGUUAGUUUAGCACCUAUCGUUGAUAUUCUCGUUGUUGACCUUGACAAACAAGGUCAAGAUCAAUUGAUCACAUGUUCGGGUGCAUAUAAAGAAGGAUCUUUGCGUAUCAUCCGUAACGGUAUCGGUAUCAAUGAAUUGGCCACUAUCGAUUUACCCGGAAUCAAAGGCGUUUGGCAAUUGAAAGUCAAUUCGAUCUACGAUAAUGUCGUUGCAAUGGCUUUCGUUGGGCAGACAAAACUAUUAAAAUUAAAAAAUGAAGAAGUGGAAGAAACUUUUAUCACGGGUUUUGAUUGUUCACAAGAAACGAUGUAUACCGGUAACAUUAUUGCCGAUCAAUUUGAAAUGAUUGUUCAAAUAACGGCCAAUUGUAUUCGAUUGUUAUCGGUACACGACAAUAGAAUCACAAGUAAAUGGAUUCCACCAAGCAAUAUAACAUUGGUUUCUGUCAAUGAUUGUCAAAUAAUUUGCAGUUCCAGAAAUAAAUUACUAUAUUUGGAAGUGAUCCGAUCGGAAAUUAAAUUGAUCAAUGAAAUUGAAAUGGAAUAUGAAGCUUCAUGUCUGGAUAUUAGCUCGUUGACCGAAAAACGAAGCAAACUUUGUGCCGUUGGAUUAUGGAAAGAUAUCUCGGUUCGAAUUAUGAGCCUACCGGAUUUUAAACUUUUGCAUACGGAAAAACUUGGUGGUGAAAUUAUUGCCCGUUCAACAUUAAUGGCUCAUUUCGAUCAUACCAGUUAUCUAUUCACAGCCAUUGGUGAUGGAUCAUUGCUUUCGUAUAUUUUGAACACUGAAACUGGUACAUUGUCUGAGAAGAAAAAAGUAGUUCUAGGAACACAUCCAACAUUUUUGAAAAUGUUCAAGACUAAUUCAUCUAGCAAUAUAUUUGCCUGUUCCGAUCGUCCAGCUGUCAUCUAUUCAAGUAAUAAUAAAUUAAUAUUCUCCAAUGUCAAUCUAAAAGAAGUGAAUCAUAUGUGCACAUUAAAUUCGGAAGGCUAUCCUGAUUCAUUGAUAUUGACCAACGAUAGCCAAUUAUUGAUUGGUCAGAUAGAUCAGAUUCAAAAACUUCAUAUUCGAACGAUUGCAUUGAAUGAAACUCCCAGACGUAUAGCUUAUCAAGAGUCCACGCAGACAUUUGGUGUGAUAACAAUGCGAUAUGAUGUACAGCUUGAAGAUGGCCAAAUGGUUUCCUCACGGAUUAGCGCCAGUACUUUGGCGCAAAACAUUACUCAUUCACGAUCAUUACCGACAAUGGUGAAACCAACACAGAUUUCCAAUCACUUCUAUCCGAAUGAAUUGGAAGUUUAUCAUCUAUUGAUUAUUGAUCAAACAACGUUUGAAGUUUUACAUGCCCAUCAAUUUAUGGUCAACGAAUAUGCCACUAGUUUGGUUUCCUGUAAACUGGGCAAUGAUGCCAAUCAUUAUUAUAUUGUUGGAACGACAUUUAUGAUUUCCGAUGAUAUUGAACCGAAAGCAGGCCGUAUUAUUGUAUUUCAACUUGUCGAUGGUAAACUUCAACAAGUUGCUGAAAAAGAAAUCAAAGGAGUGCCGUUUUGGCUCCAUGAAUUUCAUGGAAAACUUUUAGCUGCCAUCAAUACAUCGAUACGAUUAUUCGAAUGGACAUCGACACAUGAACUUCAUAUGGAAUCAUCGGUAUUUUCAUCGACAUUGGCCAUUCAUACGAAAACCAAAGGAGAUUUCGUAUUACUUGGUGAUUUACUGCGAUCAUUCUCACUGUUUGCAUAUAGUCCACUUGGUGGAACUUUUACUCAAUUAGCCCAUGAUCUCGAAUCGGCUUGGUUGUCAGCCAUGGAAAUCAUUGAUGACGAUACAUUUAUUGGUGCUGAUACUAAUUUCAAUCUAUAUCUCGCUCAAAAAGAUUUGAAUGUGGCAGACGAUCCGGAUAGAUCGAAAUUUCUUACCCAAUGUGGUUUCUUUCAUUUGGGUGAUCUUGUCAAUGUCAUGAAACAUGGUUAUCUUGUUAUGAAUUAUCCACACGAAAUGAAUAAUCCAAUCAUCAAUAAACCGAUUCUUUUCGGUACAUACUCUGGGAGCAUCGGUUUAAUUGCACAAAUACCAAAAGAUUAUUACGAAUUUCUAUUGAAAUUACAAAAGAAUCUAGCAUCUAAAAUCAAAUCGGUUGGAAAAAUUGAUUACGAUUUCUGGCGAACCUAUACGAACGACAAGAAAACCGAACCAUCAUUGAAUUUUAUUGAUGGUGAUCUUAUCGAAUCAUUUUUGGAUUUAAACAGUACCGAAAUGGCCGAAUGUGCUGAAGGGAUAAUGUAUAAUAUGAAUGGCCAGAAUCGAACAGCCACUGUAGAUGAUAUCAUCAAAAUUGUUGAGGAAUUGUCACGAAUUCAUUGAUUUACAUCAUUG